AUGGAUGAAGCCGACGUCGCGUCAGCUCCGAAGCACGAUGCCACCCUCGACGGUCUCAAGCGCGCGUGCGAGAUCAAGAAUCAGAUCACUGGCAAGACCCUUCACAUACUCGCACCCAAGCCGAUGCGCGUCAGUACUUGCGCCGUCGAGAUGGACCCCGACAACCAGGCUAUCAAAGAAAUGCGUCAGGAGCACAGCAUGACUUGGGAGGCGAUCGUCGUGGAGCUGAACAAGAAGCGUUUGGAGCGCGGCGAGCCUCAGACCUGGACACCCGCGGCGGUGUAUUCGCGCUUUGUGCGAAGUGCGCCUCGCAUUGUGGCUGCGAAGGGCGAGUAUGGAUUCCGCGCUCAAGACUACAUGCAUCUCCGCAACCCCCAGGACCACCCAGCCGCCCAGCUCCCGGGCGCGAUCAACAACCCCUCCGGCUACCAGUUCGGCGCAGGCGGAGGUCGCAAGCGCGUCCGUGACGAGGACCACGCUGCCAAGGACCUCGCUGACAACCUGCGUCAGCCCGUUUCCGAGACGCUGAGCGAGCAGAUGGAAAUCCUCAAGAAGGCCGACAUGUCGGAGCUCAUGAUGGAGGCGGUUGCGACGGCAGAGCAAGAGUUCUGGGGCACGGUGGCGAACGCGCUGGAGAAGAAGACGGGAAAGCUCUUUGUUGCUAAGGUGUUGGAGAGCCGCUUUCACGAGAUCAAGUGA